UGAAAAAAGGGAAAUUCAAGGUAUUAUUACACCUCCCAACUGCUCCUGAAACAGGGUACAGUCUCCCCUUUCUUUCCCUCAGCAAACUUUCCUGAUUAGUUACUGUCUUCACACCCAGGCUGACUUCUGUACUCUGGUUUCAAACAGUGACCUCAUUGCGUUGUUCAGCUGGUGAGAAACUACAGUAAAAUGGGAGAGGUAAACAAAGGGGGGGAGCUAAUAGCCUGAAGAUUUAGGAGGCAGGAGUCUGCUCCUCGCCAUCCUACUCCCAUUGUGCACCUGAGCUUGAGAAAGUGCAAGUUCAGCCUCGACAAGUGCUUUCCUGUGCUGGUUCCUCUGGAAACUCAGCCCAACCCCACAGAUGGUGCACACUGAGCUAUGACUCAGAACAACCAGUGUGCAAGCUGUGUGCCCACGUGUGCUUAGAUCCAUGUUCCUAUCACUGUAUCACUGCCACAGAUUCCAGAGUUAACACAAAAACCCAUACAUCUACUGCAGCACAAGUUCCAUGUCCCCUAGCCAACCAGCUCAUCAAAACAUAGGUGUUAAAAAACAGAGCCUAUACUGUCACAGCACCAGAUUUGUGACAGCUCACUGCAGUCAGCAGUGAGACUAUUGCCAGCUGAGCUGCAGCUCAUGCUCACUGUGGUUAAAGCAAUAACAUUAACAGCACUCUGCCUCAGAGAAUGUCAGUGUCACUGCAUACCACAGUCUCCAAUACCCUUUUUCUGGACGUCCUGAAGUCUCAUACUGAUCCUGACAGAUACCUCCAGGCCCCAGCCAGCAGCAGCUUGGCUUACAUUUGUCUUCCCAGACACUCAGCAAACACUUUUGUGUCUUUUUUCUUUAGAGGAAGGGGUCUCACUGAGCUCACCCUGAAAUAUAUCACCAUGGACAAAAGGGCUGAAAGGUUAAGGAGCUCCAGGGGGGCAUGCAGCAGAGCUGGGGGGCAGGCGCCUGCCAGAACCAACACUAUAAAGGCAAAGAGGGGACGGGGCUCACAGAGGCUACAGAUCCUGUUUCACCUCCCUAAGUCCUCGACUAAAGAGAAGAUGCUGGGGCUCCCAGCGUGGCCCUGCUCGCUUUUCCUCCUCCUAGUUCUGCUCUCUGCCAGCGUACAAGCGAUGUCCUCAUCAGGACAAAGGCUCCAGGUGCUCCUUUCUCAUCUGCUGCCCUCGGACUCCGAAUCCAUGCCGGCCGAGGAGGACAUGAAAGAGGGGUCCAGCUCUGAACCGCAGCUGCUCUCCCCCCCACUGCCGCUCCUCCUGUCUGGGCCCCGAGCUGCACACCCCCUGCUCUGGCGCAAGGCCCUCGCCAGUCGCAAAAGAGCUCUCUCUGGAGACUGGGCCUGGAAGGCCGUGCCCCGGGGCUGCUUUGGGCUGAAAAUGGACCGCAUUGGGGCCUUCAGCGGGUUGGGCUGUUAGCCUGGAGAGACUGGAGGUGAGGGGGCCCGAAGUGAGGACGGCAGGAGGCCGGCCCUGGCCUCGCUCGUUCGCAGGCAGAGAGCAGGGGCGUGGAGAGCCGGCCCGGGACGAGACCCAGCUCGGGACGGGACGGGAUGGAGCAGGCAGCAGCGGGAGCCCCGAGGGCAGGGCGGGGAGCCGCGCCGCGCCGAGGACUCGUGAAUUAAACCGAGCCGUGUGAACCCUCGUGUCGGAGCUCGCGCCAGAGGCGCCCGCAGCGCUGAAGGGCUGCCGAGACGCGCGACCCUCACCGCACCCGCCGGGAGAUGGCGGCAAAGUCCGCGGCGCGGCACGGCGCGGCCCCCACGCGCGGGGCCAUUUUGGGUGCCGCCGCCAUUCCGGGUGGGCCGGGCUGCACGCGCGUGCGGGGCCCGGCGCUGCGGAGGAGGAGGAGGAGGAGGAGCGGGGGAGGAUGGGCGGCCGACGCAUCGAUCGCGGCCUCGGGACCGCCGCGUUGUCUCGUUCCGCCACGCUCUGCCCCUCGGCCGCUGCAGUGUUUGCCGAGCAAACAGAGGGGCCUCCGCGUGCCCUGCCAGCCCUGACCCCGCGACGUGCGGGGGCUCCCCCAGCCCCGGGCUCGCACCCCCCGGUAGGGCCGCACCGCCGCCUCCCCUGGCCUUUAAGAAAAGGUCGUAACCUCAGGCUGGGGCUAAACUUAGCCGCUGC